AUGGGCAACUUCAACUACCAAAUUCUGUGUGCAAAGUCAAGGCAGGGAUGUGGGGUUCCCACAAGCUGGUACUGCCUUUCCACGGAGCAUGCCUGCGCUCAAGCUUCUGUGCGGUUCGAACCCGAUUCUAAGCCUUGUCGACGGCUCGAGUCCCUCUUCGGGAAUGGCUGGUGGGUAGCGUGCCCCCCAACCCCGAUGCUGGGCUGGUCGGGAGGUCGGUGCAUUCGGCGCCUCGUGGGCCGCCUCGUGGGCCGCAGCUCCGCAUCCCGUGGCUAUGCUACUGGCGCACAGGUGCGCCAGGCAGACUGGGGGCUCGAGGAGGUCGCCUCAUGGAGCCUCUAUGGCUCCUACCAUGACCCUUCCGAUCCCAGGCGCGGGAUGGUGCAGCUCUACAUGGACUCGGGCUCGGCAAGGAUGGUCCACAGCGAGUACGGGCCUGUCCCGGCUAGGCUGAGAGUCGUUGCACAGGAGGAUGGUCGAGUAAAGCUCACGGAGGGUCCGUUGGUCAUCGAGAUCAACGAUGCGGGGCUGCAUCUUCCGGAUGGUACGGUGGCAGCAGCCAUACCUUCGCAGCCAGCCGCAGAUCUUCCGGGGCUGCCCGGCAUUGGUUUUGAUGCGGAAGCCUACUGCAAUGCUGUGUCCCUGCUCGAGGACCUCUGCUUCCCCCCAGAAGAGUGCCAGCAAGUGGUUCGCAGCCGCAAGUUGAGGAAGCGAGCCCUACAGCGCCAGCAGGUUCCACAUCUCUUUGGUCCCUCUGACUCUGUGCGUCCAAUGCUCGCAGAUGUUCCUGUGCCUCCUGAUUGGUCUGGUGUCCGGGCGCAUGGAGAUCUGAAUGUUCCGAGCUGGCUGGAGCGAGCCGGAACGUGGGGUGCCUUCGACGUCAAAGCUGCAUGUGUGAGCUGGCAGCAACACAAUGAGACACCCUCCAAGGCGGCUCCAAGCGUGGAAGAGCUGAGGGCCCACGGGUAUCUGCUGCGUCUUUUCAGUCCUUGCGCGAGCCUUCCCCUGCAGCGGUCGCGGCUUCUGGCCAUCCUGAGGCAGCCCCACACAGCCUUGGCGCAGUACCUCGUGCAGCAUUCCGUGUUCUGGCGGCGGCCGGAGAAUGCCAACCGACUUGACGAGGUUCAAGAACAUUUCCAAGGCAUGGACGUUGGUGAGUUCCGAAGGCAAGCUGCUCCUCCCAUUCUCCUGGCGAGACUGGCGCGGGCUGCACGAAGCCGACGUCGACGGAGCGGGUCUCCCUUCAGGUGCUUGAGGCUGGUCGAGUGCUGCGUGCGCGAGGAGGCAGACCUAAGGGUGGAGCUGAUCACAUCUCCUGAGGGCCUAGACGAGGCAGCCGCAAAACUCAGGAACUGUGCUGGUGGGGAAGGGUAUCACAACAAGGCCGAAAAGGGCGAGUGCUUGUUGCUGGUGCUGAAGCAGGGCGGCAAGCUGGCAGCGAUGGCCGAAUGGUGCACCGUGCAGCAGAGAUUCCUACAGCUGGUGGAGCACUGCAAUGGUGUAAUCCGGCCCGAGUGGGAAAGCCUGUUCAAUGAGGCUGCAAAGCUAUUGCCGAAGAAAGUGGCGAUCAUGACUUCUAGCCAUCACCCUUUCACUCAUUCUACAUGUCAUGCACCGAGUUGGAGAAGGUGA